AUGACAACUUAUGUGGUUUACAGCCAUGCUGACGCAAUUAAUGACUUCUUCAACUCGAACACCACAGUCACGAGACAACAGUGCGAUGACUUCGCUAUUGCUCGCGCUAGCGAGGAGGGCUCUACCAUUGAUAUGGGUAACAUCAGUCUUGCCAAGGCACUCCAUUCUGAGUUUAUUGCUAGCUGCACGUAUCUCGGGACCUUGGGCGGUUCGCGGCCACUCCAUAUCUACGAGAUGGAGAACCUACCUGGGACCGCUCACAUUAUGGCGCGCAUUCCACCAGACGACAUGUCCCGACAGGGUAAUACUAUCAAAGACCUUGCUAGGUUCCUUGCACAGUCGUGGAACAACGAUCAACGGCCCUGCUCAGACGACACCGAUAUCUUGCUUAGGGAGUUUCAAUCUAAUUUCGACCUUCUUGCUCGAGACCUGCCAUCUCGCUUUGCGCCAAAUUUAGAUAGGGUUUGCAAGGAGCUCCCAUCUCUCUUCUCAAGCGCGCUUCCUUUUGUUCUUAGUCACAGAGACCUUAACGUGAUGAAUAUCCUCGCCGAUCCGAACACUGGCAACAUCACAGGGAUUGUCGACUGGGCGGAAUCAAGAAUUCUCCCGUUUGGCUUUGCGCUAUAUGGGCUCGAGAAUAUCCUAGGCUGGAUGGAUUCAACGGGGUGGCACUACUAUGAUAGCCACCGUGUACUUGAGAGCCUCUUCUGGCAAACAUUUCGGGGAGAAGCUAAUGAUUUGUCCGAUGCUGAUUUGGAUUUGAUCAGCGUUGCAAGAAUGGCCGGACUUUUCUACCAUCAUGGAUUUGUUUUUGACGUAAAGGGCGCAGUGCAGAGUGUGCGGGAAGACCAACCGGAUGGCUCUCUCGCAUAUCUCAAUGCUUUCUGUACUGCUGGUGAGUGGGACCCGGUCUUGUGA